GUUUUGUCACUGUUGACCAGCUGUCGACUUUGUGCCCCUAACUUUAAAAAUAAGGUUUUUCCAUACAUUAUCUCAUUACAAAUUACAACAUUGAAUUCUAAUAUGUUCUAAAGAAAGUAAUCCUACUGUCUAUUUAUAUUUUGAAAUUCAAUAUAUCACCAUAUGCCUCAAUUUAUAAUAAUAAUAAACCUUCUUUCUGUUGUUGAAUAGGACAUAAUAUUAUGUGAUUCAUCAUAGCACAAUCAUAGAUAUACCUACCUAAAUGUUGCAAUGAGAAACAAAAUUAAGCUUUUCGAUUUUUCGAUACCCACCCACCAUUCAAGUUGUUCUACGAAAUCUAUUUUCUAUUUCUGCCUAUUGGGAUUGCACGAUUUUAUGCGCUCUGCAAGCUGCAGCUCUGAAAAUAUAUAAAUAAAGACUGUUCUUGUUAGAUAUGCAGAAGUCAUCCAACAUGUACAAAAUAUAUUAAACUUAAUAGGUUAUUUUAACAUGUUGAGUUAAAUUGGAGCGGCCGCCGACUGGAUUAUCAUAGUCAAAAUUGGCACUUGUCUGACUAUUAGAAUGGCGUGGUCGUUAUCGUUACCAAUCUAGCUUUUUCUCCCUAACCAUAGAGACUAUCAAACUUCUCCUUUGGAACACAGAUUAUAGGUACUUGGAAUUAAACAAACCAAAGUACUACUGAAGCGCCAGCCAGUGGAUGGACAGCGAAAGAUAAGUAAUGUGGAUUAUGGCUAGUGAUAUUGUAUCCGACUACUGGAGUGAGCGAAUUUUCAUAUAUUAGCAUUCCAAUAAUCGGCCACUUAUAUUAGCCCGCCUUUUUGUCACGAAACUAGUCGGUUGACUAGUAGCACCUUUUGUCCGAGUACUGGCAAAAUAGCACCUUUUUGGCUAAUAAUAUCAUUUUAUAAAAUUACAGGAAUAUCUAUUAAGCAAUGUGUUUGUUGUCGGCGAAAAAUUAACAUAUAUGAUCACCUCCUUAAACAUUAUUAGUUGUGUUAUCUUGAACAUAAAAUUCGUUAUUACUCUUUGUAUUAAACUUCUGUCUAAACUGUACGACCACUGGCAUACCUAUUCAUUGUAUAUGUGUGUGUGCAUUAAGCUUAGGUAUGUAUGUGGAACGAUGUCACUAUAUAGGCAAAACACAUUCGGAAUUUGCUUUAUUAUUUACAUUUUCUGGUACCUAGCUAUUCUACGUAGGUACCCACAAAAAUCUCAAAAAUACCAAAAUAUCAGGGAGUUUUGUCACAAUUUUAUUUUCAAAGUCUGAAACUGUAUUGCUACUAUAAAUCAUCACCCUACACCUAUCAAAAUGGCGUAAAUAUCAUUACCUAUUUGCAAAUGUCAUAUCGUUUGAACGGCAAGAAAUAAUUAAAUGCCAUAAACAAACAUGAACAUUAAUCUAAGAAUUAUAAGGAAUCAAAUUGAAACAACUGUUCAACUUCAAUCCAGAAACCAUUUGCAAAAGGUGGAAAUAUAAUGAAUUUGGGCGGAAAUUUAAAUUCACUUCGAUGGUAGAUAUGCAUUUAAAUGUUCGUCAAAGCUAAUUUGGUGAUAUCAGUCGUGAUAAUGCAACAUAAACAAUUGUCCUGGUAUUAAAACAGUCAAAAUUAUUUCCAUCGCGUCGAUUUCAGAAAUAAGCUGUUUAAAAAUACCGCCUUGUUUACCGGAAGUUAGGUAGGACACGGUUUCCCGAUAUUUCUACCAACGUUGUCACUGUCAAAGAUUUGUCGACGAACCUAAUUUUUCCUAAACUCCUUAUUUCUAAAAAGUUGAACAGUUAGUGGCUGCACACCUUUUUUUGCUGUAGACUUUUAUUUUAUUCAUGUUUAUGAGCAAACAGAUUCACUGUACGUUAAAUAAUGUUCAUUUAUUCCGGAUAUAAUAAAUUCUGAAGGUUAGAAUAUAUUCGUCAAGCACAAUUUGGCAACAUCGGCCCAAAUAUUGAGCGCGAAGUGCUUCCAUGUGGUUCUCUGGCGUUCUAGAAUCUUCCAGACUUUACUAGAAAAUCAGUAGGCUAUAAAAGUAACCGACAAAAGCCGAAAACGUCAGAAGAUAAUCAGUCGUUGAAGCAGCGAUAUCGAAGCGAAAACAAAGCGUUUAUCCAAAGCAAUUUCUUAUAAGCGAGUUAUUAGUGAAUUGUUGUGCUGAAUAGACGGAAUAUUUGCAAAGAUGCCUGAAGCCACUCAAAUGGAAACACAGGGCGGGGAAGUUGAAACCUUCGCCUUCCAGGCUGAAAUUGCUCAGUUGAUGAGUUUGAUUAUCAACACAUUCUACUCCAACAAAGAGAUCUUUCUCAGAGAAUUGAUCUCAAACUCAUCAGAUGCAUUGGAUAAGAUCCGAUACCAGUCCCUGACAAAUCCAUCAUGUUUGGACUCCGGUAGAGAUCUCCAGAUCAAGAUCAUUCCCAACAAGAGCGAGGGAACCCUCACAAUCAUUGAUACUGGUAUUGGUAUGACAAAAGCUGAUCUGGUCAACAACUUGGGCACCAUUGCAAAAUCUGGCACAAAGGCGUUCAUGGAGGCUCUGCAGGCUGGUGCUGACAUCAGCAUGAUUGGCCAGUUUGGUGUAGGAUUCUACUCUGCCUACUUAGUAGCAGACAAGGUCACAGUUACCUCCAAGCACAAUGAUGAUGAGCAGUACAUCUGGGAGUCUUCAGCUGGAGGCAGCUUCACCAUCCGACCUGAUUCUGGAGAGCCUUUGGGGCGUGGUACUAAGAUUGUCCUGCACAUCAAGGAGGACCAGACAGAAUUCUUGGAGGAGAACAAGGUCAAGGAAAUAGUCAAGAAGCAUUCCCAGUUCAUUGGUUACCCCAUCAAGAUGUUGGUUGAGAAGGAGCGUGAGAAAGAACUCAGUGAUGAUGAGGCAGAAGAGGAGAAGAAGGAGGGUGAAGAAGAGAAAGACAAAGAUAAGCCAAAAAUUGAAGAUGUAGGUGAAGAUGAGGAAGAAGACAAAGAAAAGAAAAAGAAGAAAAAGACCAUCAAAGAGAAGUACACUGAUGAAGAAGAGUUGAACAAGACCAAACCAAUCUGGACAAGAAAUCCUGACGACAUCAGCCAGGAAGAAUAUGGAGAAUUCUACAAAUCCCUCACAAAUGACUGGGAAGAUCACUUGGCAGUCAAACACUUCAGUGUUGAAGGACAGCUAGAAUUCAGAGCUCUGUUGUUUGUACCGAGACGUGUGCCUUUUGAUCUCUUUGAGAACAAGAAGAGGAAAAAUAACAUCAAAUUAUAUGUUAGACGAGUCUUCAUUAUGGACAACUGCGAAGACCUCAUUCCAGAGUACCUGAACUUUAUCAAAGGUGUUGUAGACUCUGAAGACUUGCCAUUGAAUAUAUCCAGAGAGAUGCUCCAACAGAACAAGAUCCUCAAAGUUAUCCGUAAGAACUUGGUAAAGAAAUGCCUAGAUCUGUUUGAGGAACUUUCAGAAGACAAAGAUCAGUACAAGAAAUUCUAUGAACAGUUCUCUAAGAACCUAAAAUUGGGUAUCCAUGAGGAUACCCAGAACAGAGCAAAACUGGCGGACUUGCUAAGGUACCACACAUCUGCAAGUGGUGAUGAAGCAUGCUCUCUAAAAGAUUAUGUUAGUCGCAUGAAGGAAAAUCAGAAACACAUCUACUUCAUCACUGGUGAGAACAAAGAACAAGUAGCUCACUCUGCCUUUGUAGAAAGGGUUAAGAAACGUGGAUUCGAAGUAGUUUAUAUGACUGAACCUAUUGAUGAGUAUGUAGUACAGCAACUCAAAGAGUAUGAUGGCAAACCACUAGUCUCUGUCACCAAAGAAGGCCUCGAACUACCAGAAGAUGAGGAAGAGAAGAAAAAGCGUGAAGAAGACAAAGCCAAGUUUGAGGGUCUCUGCAAGGUCAUGAAGAGCAUCCUUGACAACAAAGUAGAAAAGGUUGUUGUGUCAAACAGACUGGUCGAGUCUCCCUGCUGCAUAGUCACCUCACAAUAUGGAUGGACAGCCAAUAUGGAACGUAUCAUGAAAGCGCAGGCGCUGCGUGACACAUCCACUAUGGGUUACAUGGCUGCCAAGAAACAUCUAGAGAUCAACCCAGACCACCCAAUCAUUGAAAAUCUGAGACAGAAAGCAGAGGCUGACAAGAAUGACAAAGCUGUUAAAGAUCUUGUGAUCCUACUCUUCGAGACUGCUCUGUUGAGUUCUGGCUUCACUCUAGAUGAACCUCAAGUUCAUGCCUCAAGGAUCUACAGGAUGAUAAAACUUGGAUUGGGAAUUGAUGAAGAGGAAUCCAUGCUUACUGAGGAGACUCCAUCUGGUGAUGCCCCAACAGCAGAAGGCGGCGAUGCUGAUGAUGCCUCUCGAAUGGAAGAAGUGGACUAAGAAAUUCUACUUUAGGACAUAUGUUUCUUUAGAACAUGUGUUUUAAUAUGUUCUUGUCAUUCCUUUUGCCGUGUUAAUGCGCAUGUUUCGAGUAUUUGACAGAUUUUGAAUAUUAUUUUUACAUCUUUUCUAGUAUUGGCUGUGUAGAAUGUGAGACCGACCAGUGUCGCAACAGCAAUGUACUGAUUUUCUUUUCAAUAAAUUUUUUGUUUUAUUUAACAAUUAUAAAUUUGUUUCUAUUAACACCCCCGUUUUCAAG